ACCAAAGCCCACGUGCAUCAUCAAAUGUGGAAUUAAUCCGAUCGAUCUAAAAUGGCGGAUUUUGAUGGAACGCGAGGCGUCCCCGUGCUGCUGCUCAAGACCAAGUCAACGCCACACGAUAGCUACCUCGAUCUCUUCUUGAACGCGGAAAAUAGCCGCUUUCAACCUAUAUUUGUCCCCGUGUUGGAACACAAGUUCAACGACGAAUCCUUCCGCAGUAUCAAGGCAUUGGUAGAGGCAGGUAGCCUCGUUGCAACCAAUCAGGGUACGGAGAAGAGCUAUGGAGGCAUCAUAUUCACGUCGCAAAGAGCAGUGGAAUUCUUCACGAAGGUCGUUGGCGAGGUUCGGACCAGUGGAUGUGACGUCGAGAAGUUGCUUCCCGCAGACUUGCCGUUAUAUGCUGUUGGACCGGCUACAGCCCGCGGAUUAAGAGCUCUGGAUUUGCCCUGUCCAAUUCUGGGCGAAGAAACGGGUAGUGGGGAGGUUCUCUCACCAUUCAUCCUCGAAGACUACAAUGGACGUGUCCAAGGCUUAUCGAAGCGCCCGCUCCUCUUUCUAGUCGGCGAGAAGCGCGGGGACAUCAUUCCCAAGGCGUUGCAAGACCCCAGUCUGAGCGUCGAUCGACGAUGUCAGCUUGACGAGGUGGUUGUCUACAAGACCAAAGAGAUGGAAUCAUUCCGCUCUGACUUUAGUGCAUUAUGUCAUGAGCAUUCAGCAAAUGGUGUAUCCAUGCAGUGGGUGGUUGUGUUCUCUCCUACUGGCUGCCACGCUAUGCUUGACGGGUUGGGUCUACUGAACGAGUCAGGAAAAUGCAACCCAGAUAUCCCUUCAAAGAUGUCCUCGCUCGGGAUGAGAACAUUGAUUGCAACUAUCGGUCCUACGACGAGGGAUUAUCUAUUGAAGGAAUUCAAUUUCGAACCCCAUGUUUCUGCCCUGAAGCCCAGUCCAGAUGGGGUUGGAGAGGCGAUCAUUGAAUAUAUACAGAAACAAGAUGUCUUUGGAGGAUGAUGGGCCAGCCUUCCAUCCUUCGGAGUUCAGAUUGGAUCGUUCUCGGUACCAGCGACGACAUGGUACGGUGGUAUGUAUGCGUUCGCAAGGAUAAACGCAUUGUUCCAUUGGAAUGUGAGCUCACUGUAU